UGUUUUCCCUUGAGCAGCUAUCUUCUAUAUGCUUGCAUACCAUGCACGUCCAAUGCGGGCCCACUUGUCAAAAUCCAACGGCUCCUGUUCUUCCGAACACGUCAGAGUCUCCGCCAGAUCGAACCACGACUCGAGCGAUACACAGAUCUUUUCCUCGUCAGUAAACGGACAGAGACGCUUUUUCUCUCUCGAAGAAAUUUCCCGGCGACGAUGAUGCCACCGGAGCUUCAGCCGCGGCUGUUCCGGCCGCAUAUCUCCCCCUCCUCCUCCGGAGAACCCACGUUGUCUUCCCCCGGCGCUGCCUCCUCUUACUCCCCUGGCUCUCGCCGGAGCUUCCGCGACGGCGGCGUAGCUGCUGCUCCGUCGAGAUCCAUGGCAAACUCUCGAUUCUCGCCAUCUUCUUUCGCCUACAACGGCCGCAUCGCCGUCGCUCUGGCGCCUUGCGUUGCCUUCCUCCUCGACCUCGGCGGCGCUCCGGUGGUCGCGACCCUCACCAUCGGGCUCAUGAUCUCGUACAUCGUCGAUUCUCUCAACGUCAAGUUUGGGGCCUUCUUAGGGAUAUGGAUGUCGCUUAUCGCGGCUCAGAUCUCUUUCUUCUUCACCUCUUCUCUUGUCUCCUCCUUCAAUUCCGCCCCUCUCGGCCUCCUCGCGGCGUUUCUAUGCGCUGAGACCACCUUUCUCAUCGGAUGUUGGGCUUCGCUUCAGUUCAAAUGGCUUCAGUUGGAGAAUCCCUCCAUUGUUCUCGCUCUCGAGCGCCUCUUGUUCGCCUGCGUCCCUAUCACUGCCUCAGCUCUCUUCGCCUGGGCUACUAUCUCCGCCGUUGGGAUGAACAACGCUUCUUACUAUUUCCUGGUCUUCAAUUGCGUCUUCUACUGGGUAUUCUCUAUUCCUAGGGUUUCUUCUUUCAAGACCAAGCAGGAGGCGAAGUUCCAUGGAGGAGAGAUCCCUGAUGAUAACUUGAUCCUUGGGCCACUCGAGAGCUGUUUCCAUACGUUGAAUUUGCUGUUUAUGCCUCUUCUCUUUCACGUGGCUUCACAUUACUCUGUGAUAUUCUCCUCAGCUGCUUCAGUGUCAGAUAUGUUGCUCCUGUUCUUUAUCCCUUUCCUGUUCCAGCUCUACGCCUCCACAAGAGGUGGGCUAUGGUGGGUUACCAAGAAUUCUCAUCAACUGCAGAGCAUUCGGGUCGUUAAUGGUGCCAUUGCCAUGGUCAUUGUCGUGAUCUGUUUGGAGAUUAGAGUUGUUUUCCACUCGUUUGGGAAGUAUAUUCAAGUGCCGCCUCCGUUGAAUUAUCUUCUGGUGACCACUACAUUGCUCGGAGGUUCUGCUGGGGCUGGUGCUUUUGCUCUUGGUAUGAUCUCAGAUGCUCUUAGCUCUGCCUUUUUCACAGCUUUGGCUGUGGUUGUGAGCGCUGCAGGAGCUAUUGUUGUAGGAUUUCCAGUUCUGUUCAUUCCUCUUCCAGCGGUUUCUGGGCUUUAUUUUGCCCGUUUCUUUACGAAGAAGAGUUUGCCCUCUUACUUUGCAUUUGUUGCUCUUGCAAGUUUAAUGGUUAUAUGGUUCGUUAUGCAUAACUAUUGGGACUUAAACAUUUGGAUGGCUGGCAUGUUCCUUAAAUCGUUCUGUAAGCUUAUAGUGGCCAACAUUAUCCUAGCCAUGGUCAUCCCUGGUCUUGUCCUUCUCCCGUCGAAACUUCACUUCCUGACCGAAGCUGGUUUGAUCAGUCACGCAUUAUUGCUGUGUUACAUCGAGGACCGGUUUUUCAACUACUCGAGCAUAUAUUAUUAUGGAAUGGAAGAUGACGUGAUGUAUCCUAGCUACAUGGUCAUCUUGACAACUCUGGUGGGCUUGGCUGUAGUGAGAAGACUGAAUGCUGAUCGUCGAAUUGGACAGAAGUCUGUCUGGAUCUUGACUUGUCUGUAUUCGGCUAAGUUAGCUAUGUUGUUUUUGUCGUCAAAAUCAAUAGUUUGGGUAUCUGCAGUUCUCCUGUUGGCUGUUUCCCCUCCAUUGCUUCUCUACAAGGAUAAGUCAAGAACUGGCUCUAAGAUGAAACCUUGGCAAGCUUAUGCUCAUGCCGGGGUUGUUGCUAUAUCUGUUUGGUUUUGCCGGGAAACAAUCUUUGAAGCGUUGCAAUGGUGGAACGGGAGAUCUCCAUCUGAUGGCUUACUUCUCGGUUUCUGCAUCAUUUUGAUCGGUUUGGGCUGUGUACCAAUUGUUGCUCUCCACUUUUCACAUGUCCUGGCUGCUAAGAGAUGCUUAGUAUUGGUGGUUGCAAUGGGAUGCCUGUUUAUUGUUAUGCAGCCGCCGAUGCCCGUUACAUGGAGUUACCAUUCCGAGAUGAUAAAGGCGGCUCGUCAGUCGGCUGAUGAUAUCUCCAUCUACGGCUUCAUGGCAUCGAAACCGACAUGGCCCUCGUGGUUGCUUAUCGUGGCGAUCCUAUUGGCUCUUGCCGCUUCCACAUCUCUUAUACCGAUCAAGUACGUCGUAGAGUUGAGAGCGUUUUACUCGGUUGCCAUGGGUUUAGCUCUCGGUGUCUACAUAUCCGCAGAAUUCUUCCUGCAGGCUGCUAUUCUGCACGCCUUGAUCGUCGUAACGAUGGUUUGUGCUUCGGUUUUCGUCAUCUUUACACAUUUUCCAUCCGCCUCGAGCACGAAGCUUCUCCCUUGGGUGUUUGCGCUUCUCGUCGCUCUCUUCCCGGUUACGUAUCUGUUAGAAGGUCAGGUUAGAAUCGGGAGCGAGGUCGGUAAUAUCGAUGCGUGGGAUGUACAAGAGGACGAUCGGAAAGUCUCGGCUUUAUUAGCCAUCGAAGGUGCGAGGACAUCUCUUCUAGGAUUAUAUGCAGCACUGUUCAUGCUCAUCGCCCUCCUGAUCAAGUUCGAGCUUACUUCCCUCAUGCGUGAGAAAGCCCUCGAGAGGAUCGGUGUAACCAGACAUAACCAGCAGGGCACCCGAGGGAUUUUCCCGACACGGAUGAGGUUCAUGCAACAACGCCGAGCCACCUCCGUCCAUACCUUAUCGAUCGAGAAAAUAGCGGCGGAUGGAGCAUGGAUGCCUGCAAUCGGAAACGUCGCAACCAUCAUGUGCUUCGCCAUAUGCUUAAUCCUCAACAUCCAUCUCUCGGGCGGCUCGAGCCAAGCGAUAUUCUUCCUCGCCCCUAUCUUACUCCUCCUGAACCAAGACUCGGAUCUCUUAGCUGGGUUUGGAGACAAACAGAGGUAUUUCCCGGUUGUACUCGUGAUAUCAGCCUACUUAGCGGUAUCCUCGCUCUACGCCGUCGGAGAAGAGGUCUGGUUUGGGGGAAACUCGGGCUGGGGAGUGGAAAUCGGUGGUCGGGAAUGGUUUUUCGGGGUGAAGAACCUCGCUCUGCUUAUGAUCACGGCCCCGAGCCACAUUCUGUUCAACAGGUUUGUGUGGAGUUACACGACGAAGCACACGGAUGCGUCGCCGAUGCUGACGGUGCCGCUGAGCGUAGCGGCGGUGGUUAUAACGGACGUCUUUCAGGUUCGGCUGCUUGGGAUAUUAGGGAUCGUUUACUCAUUUGCUCAGUAUGUUAUCUCCAGGCAACAGUAUAUUACCGGUUUGAAGUAUAUUUAGACAUUACAAAAGAACAAAAGAAAACAAAAAACAGGAAGAUAAUGUAGGACGAUGUCUUGGGCCAUUUUUUGUAAUGUGGAAGAUGUUUUAUUUUUCUACGCUGCUUUCUUUCUUUCUUUUCUC